GGAGUAGGAAGAGGAACCACAGCCAGAUGAGGCACUCGGGUGGUCUUGAGUUGGACCCUCCUUCAAAAGAUGAAGUAGUGGUUCUGGAAAAUAAGAGCACAGGAGUAAGGACAAGAAAGCGAUCUCGAGGUCAUUCAAAGGAGGAGCAGAAGGAAGAGAGCAGUGCAGUUGUAUCAGUAGAAAAGGAGGUUGAGAACAGAUCUUUUAAUUCUCCUUUGCAAAAGGAUGUGGAAGUGGUGCAUGAAGAAACAGACCAAGAUGUAACCAAACAGAACAGAGUUGAUUCAACUCCAGAUUCACCUCAAAAACGCAAAAGAGGAAGACCAAGGUUAAGUAGGAAUGAGCAAAUUGAAGCUGGCACUGGAGGCAGUGUGGAAGUUCUGUCUGAUGACUUUAUUGGCAAGUAUUGCAGUCGUGUUGGUUGUACCAUCAGUUGGCUAGAGAGUUUGUGCACAAUGUGUAUAACACCAAUAAAUGGAAUGGUAUAUGAGCUAAGUGAAUUUGCCAAUAAGAUUGCUUGGGAACAAGAUUAUGUUGCUGUAUGGCUCUUAAGACUGUGUGGAUGUACUGGUGCUAUACCAUCAGUAGAAGAUCAUUCAAAAGUACGUUUUAUAUUAAAGCGAAGAAAGGCACUUAUGGUUACAUUAGCAGGACAGAAAUUUGGAAGUGCAAAACUUCAGGAAUUUGAUGAAACUGAAUUUAUUUUGCCGACAGUCAGUGAUGUCAAGUUGGAAAAUGUCAAUGACGUGAAAUUGGAAAAUGUCAGUGAUGAACAGUCGGAUGAAAAUUUGGUUAGUGACGUUAGAAGAUCCAAGAGGCAAAGAGUUGCAAAACCACUUGAAGAGGUUGAGGAAAUAGGUGAUUGUUUAGGAGCUGAUGUUAUUUGCAAGGAAGAAAUUAUAUUUCCCACAAAGCUUGAGACCAUGGAAGUAAAGGAGGAAGAAGAUGACAAAUCAUUAGUUGAUUCAAGGGUUAAUACUUUUCAGACACCAGGUAAGGAGUCUGUAGUUGAUUCAGCCCCAAAUGCAUGCCAAACACCUUCAAGGACUGAUGAUGCAGUAGGUACGGACACUAGUGCGAGUCAUGUAGACAUACCAGAAGCGGGUGAGAAGAAGGACACUGGCAGCAGCAAAUUCAGAGGAACACUUGGGGUUAGUAAGAGUGGCCGAGUGCGAAAACCAAGUGCCAAGGGAAGCGUUUCUAUAGAGUUUAAGUACUUGUUUAUGGAAAAACAAAGCCCAUUUCCAGAAUCCUCCACCCCUGGUGGUGCACCACAGAAAGAAGAGGAUAAUGAUUUACAGAAAUCUAAUUACAAUAAAAGUAAAUUUGCCCAUCCAAAUGAAAAUGAAACUCAGAAAGAACGAGCAAAAAGAUGUUUCAUAGGCCCGAGACAUUUGAAUAAAUAUAUUGAUAUGGAAAACAAGCUGGUGUCAUUUACCUUAGAGGAUGGCCGUGUGAUUCCCUAUUUCAAAGAAUUGGAUUAUAAUCUAGGUCCACGCUGCUGUGCAGUAGGGCUCACAGUUGGCGAUCUCAACACAAAGGACAGGCUUGAUAUUAAGGUCAGCAAUGGGAUUAUCAAAGAGCUGUUUGAUUUCUAUGUUUCUCGUGGAUCAACACUAACAUCCCUGGUGUGCCGUCUCUUUUGGAUGCUUGGAGUUCCUCAUGAUCCAGGUAGAAUUUUGUCAACAACAUCAAAGAUAGGUAUAAUAGGUAGAACUCUUCAAGCAGAUCAUCCAAAAGCAAGUGAAAUAUUUUCUUUGCCAGAGAAAAUGCCAUACCGCAUUCAGAGGCCUUCAGUGAAGACUUUGCAAAAUAAGAUAAAGAAGAGUGAAAAAGUAUUGAAGAAAUACCAAAGCUCCAGAAGGAAAGCUUUACAUUCAAAACUUAAACCUUCUAAAUUAUUGGGUAAGAAAGUAGUUGAUAAGAGAUCACCCCAGGAAGAAGAACCAAGUAACAUGAAAGUGAAAUGUGCAACAACCCUCAAUUCCCCUCAGUCAGAAGACCUUAUUAUGGAGGAGGAAGUGAUAAAAACAAGAGGAAAGGAAGGUUCUAUAACAAGAGGAGAUAUUGUUUACUUGUAUACACAGUGGUUAAGGAAUAAGAAGAAAUUAGGAAGUAAUGUUUUUGUCACAGAUCUUUUGAAAAAUGUGGAGCAACUUAUGGCAGAAAGAAAGGUUAAAUUAAUACGGGUCCCUGCAGGGACUCUGAUGUCUUCAUCAGUCAAAUUGUAUGAUGAAUAUAAGCAAAUGUGUAAUAUAAACAAGGAGGAUGCAAUGAUGUAUUUGGAGGAUGACUGGUUAGAAGACAUUCAGUACCUGUUAUCACAGUCACGGCCAAUUCGUAGGAGCACAUUUGAAGGUGACAGUACAAGCUGUAAGACUGACCCUGAAGAUACUGGAUCGCACCACAGUAUUGGGGGAGAAGUCAGUGAUUCAGAUAUUAGUGAGAGGAACUUAAUAAUUGAUGAGGGAUCUGAUGAAGGAAAACAGCAGUCAGGUGCAGACUUGAAGAAAUCACAUGCAGCCAAUGAACAUCCUGCAUCAAGAGGUGUAGUUUCUAACAAAAAAUCAAUUGUUGAAGAUCCACCACUUUGCAAGAGAGAAGAAACAAUGUUAAGGAAAACGAGACUUAAAUCAUAUAAGAAAAGUUAUUAUGAAGAGUUUGUAUCAGAUUUUGAAGAUCCUGAUUCAGAGGAUGAAUUUUCAAAAGAGAAGUCAGUUGCUGCCCAUAGUUCAAAAGGACAAGAAAAAAAGAUUUUAAAAUCUGAAAAUAAACCUAACACAAAUAUUCAAGGAAUUACUUGCAGUUCUUCCAAGGAAGAGUAUGAGGUUGAGAAGAUUCUUGAUUUUCGCUACAUCAGGGAUAAGGAAAAAGAGAGAUUACAGUAUCUUGUUCGUUGGUCUGGUUUUGCCCAAGAUGAUGAUUCUUGGGUUGAUGAAAAUGACCUUGACUGUCCAAAGAUCCUGGAUGACUUUUGGGAUGCAGAAGACUUUUGUAAGAAGCCAGAUAGGUCAAAAGUCCGUGCCAACAAAAGAGAACAAAAUUUAUCAAGACAUGAGGAUGAUACUAAAACCCACUAUACACCUUGUAGGAAGGGAGAAUCGGACAAAGAAAAUGGUGGAGACAUUUUGGAGGUUUUGUUGCGCCACACUUCUGUGAAAAGACCUAUUAGCCGUCCAAGAGCAAGGAGAGCGUCUCAGUCCCACGUGUCAGUACAAGAGAUAUUAGAGUUGUAUAAUACUUGGAGAAGAGACAACCAAAAUGUUUUAAUGGCAGGUGGCUCAAACACUGUUAAUGUGGACACCCUUGUGAAAAGUGUCAAGAAAUUGAUGGCUUCCAAAAAAGUUGACAAUUUUCAUCCUGAGUCACUCUUGAACGCUUGCUUUAUGAUGACUUUAAUUCGAACGAGGCUGAAGUCGGAGGAAGCUUUAAAGCAAUUCUUAGAUAGUAGCUGUUUGGAUGUAUUUGAGGCCAGUCACAAGCAGCAGGUGUCAAGUAGAGAGAAGCAUAAGUCACAGGAAGCAGUAUUAAAGAGAGCAAACUCAGAUAAGAGUACAAAGAUUAAGAACCUUCAGAAUGAAUUACAAGAGUUGCAGUGUAAUCUAACCUUGGCAGAAGGAGCAAGAUGGGAUAGUAGAUGUGCUCUUACAGUGGCAGAAAGUGAAGUAGAGUGUUUAGAGAACAUUUGUAGGGAUGCCAAGAAGGAUAACAGUGACAUUGUUUUAAGCUUGCAACAUGAAUUAGAGAGAGUUAGAGAAAAUGUAAGAAGCUCUGCAAUUAAAGGUUACAGAGAAAAUGAAUUAAGUGAAGGAAAGCCAGCAAAGACACAGUUAUUGGAAGAGAAAGCAGCAGGAUGUGGUAAAACUGUUAAUUUAGACGAUGAAGUAGUGCUAACAGGAGCUAAAAAGGAACUGACUAAGUUAGGGAUACAAGAGGAUGAAGUUUAUAAUGUCAUGGAAAUGGUUGUUCACAAGGUUGGUGGACACAUACUAAGAGCCCGCCCACAGAAAGUGGGGUUGGCAAACUCUGUCUAGUGUUUUUAUUGGUAGAUGCUGGCAAGAAGCAAAGAUUCGGACCAGUAAAUACGCAGUUUUAUUUUUAUCUUAUUAACAGUUCUCGUUCUACAGUUGAUAAGAAACAUCAACUUGUGAGAAGAUUGUCUUUUCAGGAAUUUUUGUCAUGGCUUUUAUUUUAAUAUCAUGUGGCUAGAUAUUCAGAAGAAAAAAUUAUAUUUUAUAUUUACAAGUCUAAUUUUUGUUCGACAUCAAGAAACUGUAGUCUACAUGCUUGGCACGUAAUUUGAAUAGCUCCUAUGGUUGCUGUGAUUAUGUAUUAAAAAAAGAUUAAUGUAUAUACAUAUAUAUAUGUGAUUCAUUAUAUUUUAACAACAAUUCAUAAAAGACCUUCAAGUCAAGUAGUCACAGAUUGAUAAAUAAGUUAUCAAUGAAAGUACAAAUAGGUUUUAAGGAAGAAUAUAUGGUGAAUAAAGAAAAAAGUAUUGUGAAAGCAAAAUAGAAAAUUCUGGAUUAUUUGCAUUGUUGAGAGAAGAGGAAGUUUAUCACGCUAGAAAAAGCUCUGAGUGGAAGUCAUGGCAGCAUCACGUGAGCGCCGUAACAAUGCUGGGGCAAAGAUGUCCCAGCUGCUGGAUGAAGAAGAAGAAGACGAUUUUUACAAGACCACAUAUGGAGGUUUUAGUGAAGAAGCAGAUGAUGUGGACUACCAGUCAGAAGUUGAACAGGAUGAUGAGGUGGACUCUGACUUCAGCAUAGAUGAAAAUGAUGAGCCAGUUUCUGAUCAGGAAGAAGACAAUAAGGAAGGCAAGAAGAAACGAGGCAGACUGAUAACCAAAGCAUAUAAGGUAUUUC